AUGUGUGAAGAAACAACAAAUCAUCUUUGGGCUACACAAGAUAUACUUGGACAUGGUGCAACAUCACAAGUAUAUAAAGCAUAUAAUAAAUCAACUGGUGAAUUAGUUGCAGCUAAAGUUUAUCAAGUUUCAUCAAAUUCUCGUUCACCACUUGGAGAUGGAAAAACAAAUCGUGAUUAUCGUCCUAUAUUAGAUCAUGAAUUAGAUAUACUUAAAUCAACUGAUCAUGAAAAUAUUGUUCGUUAUAUUGCAUUAGAACCUGUUAUAUCGCUUGAUUCAUCACAUUUAAUAAAUAAUCGUGAAGCUUUACUUAUUGAAUAUUGUAAUGGUGGUAGUUUACAUAAUGUACUUGAAUUACCUGAAAAUCGUUAUGGUUUAAUUGAAGAUGAAUUUAUAUUAGUUUUUAAACAUUUAACUAAUGCAUUAAAAUAUUUACAUACGAAAAAUACAAUUCAUCGUGAUAUUAAACCAGAUAAUAUAAUGCUUUCAAUUAAUAUAAAUGGUGAACGUACAUAUAAAUUAGCUGAUUUAGGUGUUGCUAGACUUAUUAAUGAAGGUGAAAAUGCAUUUACAUCACUUGUUGGUACCGAAGAAUAUAUUCAUCCGGAAUUAUAUCGAGCUGCUGUACAUGAUAAUAAAACAAAUGCUUUACGAACAGCUUUAAAAACUCGUGUUGAUUUUCCAUUUGAAGUUGAUUUAUGGUCACUUGGUGUUACUCUUUAUCAAUGUGCAACUGGUGAACUUCCAUUUCAACCAUUUGCUGGUACACGAAAAGAUCGAAAUGUUAUGAAACGUAUUUUAGAAACUAAACCAACAGGAUGUAUUUCUGGUGUUGAAAAUACUCUUGGUGGAGAAAUACAAUGGUCAAAAACUUUACCAGAAUCAUGUCGUUUAUCAAAUGAUUUAAAACAACAAUUAGAAAAUUUAUUACAACGUUUACUUGAAUCUGAUCGAAAUAAAUUAAUGAGAUUUUCAGAAUUUUUUAAAGAAACUGAUCGUAUAUUUAAUUUAAUACCAAUUUAUUAUUUAAAUUUAAAACGUUUUAUAUUAACAUGUAGUUAUUUUGAACCAAUAGAAUUAAUAACGAAAUUAUAUGAUAAAUUACAACAACAAGAUAAUGAUAAAGAUCAUAAAGAAUAUUAUUGUCUUUUUCAAAAUGUACCAUAUCCAAUAUCAAAAACAAAACCAAUGUCAAUAAAAACAUUUUGUGAACAAUUACCAAUUCCAACAUCACGUGAAACACCACUUGUAUUUUAUACAUUUUCUCCAAUUAAAUCUGAUGAUUCCUAUUGUCCAAUACUUUAUAUACCAAAAGUAAAACCAAUACGACAAUAUAAUGAUGUUGCUGCAGCAUGUGAUAGGAGUAAUGAUAUGGUUGGAUUAUUUUUUUAUAUAAAAGGUCAAUUAAUAGAAUAUCAAAAUAUUUUAAAAACUGCACAAUGUUCAACAACAAUAAUGCAACAACAUUUAAAAACAAAUUUAUUAGAAUUUCUUUGUUUAAUUCGUUCAAAACUUAUUAUUUUUCGUGCAAUUGAAGAAUUAAAAAAUAUUCUUGAUCAAAUUGGUAGUAAUACUAAUUCUCAAUCAAUAUCACCAAAUAAUUUACCAACUAAUUCUAAUAAUGAAAAUAAUUCUUCAAGUCGAACACAAUCAACAAGUGGAGAAGCACCAUCAAUUGGAUUUUCACAUUUAUAUAAUAAUAGUCCAUCAUCUAGUGAUAAUAGUUUAUCACCAGUUACAUCACAUCGUUCAUCAACGGCAACUCCAUCUCAACUUAUUAAACAAAGUCUACGUAUUUAUUUACGUUCAUAUCUUCAACCAUAUGAACAAUUAAAAAAAUGUGAACAAGAUAUAUUAGAAAUAAUUGAAAAUGAAUUUAAUGGUCAAUUAGGUAUGAUUGAUGAUCAACCACCAUUUACUAAUACACUUUGGUUAUCACAAUAUACAAAAACUUAUGCAUCAUGGAUUCAUCGUGCGGAUAAAUAUCUUAAAGAUUUAAUUGAUCUUAAUGAUAGUUUUAAAAAAGAUCGUUUAUUAAGUACAUAUAAUCGUUUACAAAGUGAUUCACAUUUUCGUCGUCGAAAAAAUCUUGAAGAACUUCAUGAAAAAUAUGUUCAUUUUGCUAAUGAUGAAUGUUAUCCAAAUUUAGUUCAAGUAUUUACUGAUUAUAAUGAUUGGAUAAAACAACGUUCAAAUCUUAUACAUGUUUAUCAAUCAAUUCAACAAUCUUAUGAAAAACAAUGUGACGAUAUAAUACAUUUUGUUGAUUCACUUGAAGAUGUUCGUACAGCUGUUUAUAAUAAUAUUCGUGAAUUAGGUGGAACACCAUCAACAACAACAACAACAGCACAUGAAUAUCUUCAACCACCAUCAUCAUCAUCAGUUCGUUCACAACCAUAUCAAUUAAGAGGAGAUGAAAGUUCUCAUCAACAACAACAACAACAACAACAACAACAAAUAUCAAGUGGUGAUGAAGAUGAUCAUGAAGGAAGUCAGACAUUUAUGCAAAAAUUUCGUGGUACAACAAGAAAAACUAUUGAACAAGCUGAAGAAGGUUUUACUAAAUUAGAUCAUGCUAUAAGACAAAUUCGUACAAAUAUACAUAAAAAAUAA